AUUCAGCGUCAACUGCCGUUACCUUCGCAGCAAAGAGUUAACCUUAACCGUCGCGGCCAUGUCUUUCUGUGACGACAUGCUCCUCUGCAACUUCCCAAAGUGCCGGAGCAAGCUCACCGGCUUCGCCUGGGCCACGACCUGCUCGCACGUCUUCUGCGAUCAGCACGGGUCCGGCGAGUUCAGCCGCUCCCCGGCCAUCUGCCCGGCCUGCUCCUCCGCGCUGUCCGGCAAGCUGGACAUUGUGAGGACGGAGCUGUCUCCCUCCGAGGAGUACAAAGCCAUGGUCCUGGCGGGUCUGCGGCCGGACGUGGUCCUGGACAUCAGUGCCCGCGCUCUGGCCUUCUGGAGCUAUCAGGUCCACCAGGAGCAUAUGUAUCAGGAGUACAGUCUGUCACGGGCCGAGGCCCAGCUGAAGCAGAUGGAGAAGAUGCUGACCCAGCAGAACCAGAGCAGAGAACUGGAGCUCACCGGCAUGAGGGGGGAAAUCGCAUCCCUGAAGAAAGUGAUGGAGGAGUACAAAAGGAAGUACAGCGAGGUGUCCGAGAAGCUGAUGGAGAGAAACAGGCAGUACCAGAAGCUACAGGCGGUGUACGACUCUCUGAGGUUGCGCAACAUGGUGGUGGACGUUGGGGAGAGAGACUCGCUGCUGCAGCCGGCUCAUCACAACUUCAUCACUGCGUGUCACCCGGCGGUGCCUCGGCCGGCAAGUCCCCACAAAAGCCCUCUGUUCAGCUCCGCGGGCAACGACGGGGAAAGCCGGUUCUUCUCCUGCGUGGAGGCUGACGGAGCCAAGAACUUCUUCCCGUUCAGCUCCCCAGCCAGGGAGCGAGGCCGGUCCUUCGUGAAGAAGCACUGAGACGGCAACGGGUGUCCUAAUGACUGUGGCACAUUUACCCGAUUACUUGUAUUUUGUUUACAAAGUGUUCAAACGUUUGAGUGAUUUAGUGCGCCAGAGUGCAUUUUAUAGCAUUUAUUCUCAUAUAGAACCAAACCAG